UCUUGCUUCAGCUCUUUCUUCUCGUCUUCUAUUUUUUUCUCCAAUUCAAGCAAAAUUCGUCAAGGUAAAUUACUUUUCUCAAGUCGAGCCUUUUUUCUUUUUCUUCAUCACUCUCACACUUUCUCGUCUUGAAACCUCUAUUCUCGAUUCCGGAGUGGUCAAUUUGAAAAAUGUCUCAAUCAGCCGUAGAUGUUCCCCCAAAGGGUGGAUUCAGCUUCGAUAUGUGUAAGAGAAAUGAUAUGCUUAUACAAAAGGGUCUUAAAGCUCCCUCUUUCUUGAAGACUGGAACUACCAUCGUCGGUUUGAUUUUCCAGGACGGUGUGAUACUAGGCGCAGAUACCCGAGCAACUGAGGGACCUAUUGUUGCUGAUAAGAACUGUGAGAAAAUCCACUACAUGGCACCAAACAUAUAUUGUUGUGGCGCUGGAACCGCUGCUGACACUGAAGCAGUUACUGAUAUGGUCAGCUCACAGCUGCGGUUGCAUCGUUACCAGACUGGCCGAGACUCUCGGGUUAUCACUGCUUUGACCCUUCUCAAAAAGCAUCUCUUCAGCUAUCAAGGUCAUGUCUCAGCUGCUCUUGUGCUCGGUGGAGUUGAUAUCACUGGGCCUCAUCUGCAUACUAUAUAUCCACACGGUUCAACUGACACUCUACCAUUCGCUACAAUGGGUUCUGGUUCUCUUGCUGCUAUGUCUGUGUUUGAGGCUAAGUAUAAAGAAGGUCUAACUAGGGAUGAAGGAAUUAAGCUGGUUGCUGAAGCCAUAUGCUCGGGUAUAUUCAAUGACCUGGGUAGUGGUAGCAACGUGGACAUCUGCGUGAUCACAAAGGGGAACAAGGAAUAUCUCAGGAAUUACAUGGAACCAAACCCAAGAACCUAUGUCAGCAGCAAAGGCUAUUCAUUCACGAAGAAAACUGAGGUUCUUCUCACCAAAAUCACCCCAUUGAUGGAGCGAGUUGAGAUUACAGAAGUUGGUGGUGAAGCUAUGGAGGAAUGAAGGAAUCUCAAAUCUCUGCUCUUGCCGUUCAUCUCCACCAAGCUGUCCCGGCCCUAACCUAUGGCGAGUGGGGCAACUGGCCUGGGUCCAGUAUUUAGUUUUUUUUUUUUUUAAAUGUUUUAAAAUUUGAUAACAAAGGCUUAUGAUCUAUUAUCCUUUUUUUCAAAAAAAAUAGCAAACCCUUGAUCUAAACUUAUCUUGCAUUCUCAAAUAUAAACAGUUUUUUUU